AUGGCCGGCCGCUGCGAGGUGGAAUGUCUGACCUUCGAAGAGUCACUGAGCUUCGAGGAUGUAACUGUGAACUUCACCCUGGAAGAGUGGCUCCUACUGGGGCCGGCGCAGAGAAAGCUGUGCAGAGAUGUGAUGUCAGAAAUUGCCGGUCAUCUAGCCUCCGUCGGAAAUACUGGCCUCAUUCCAGGGACAAAGAGAUGCGCUAUGUUGAAAGGAACAUGCCAUGAGAAAGGAUGCACAACCACAGAACACAAGAUGGGUGAAUGCAGCAGCCGCAAGGUGUGCUGUCGGAAGUGGUGGAUAUACGGGCCCUACCCAACUCCAGUGCCCAAAGCAAAACCUUCGUAG